CGGGAAGAAACUAAAAAAGUAUUCCCUCGAUCGGGAAAGAUCAUGGAUGCGCCGAUGAUGCUGGUGUUGACUCAAAACAAGUUUUUAUUUCAUUAAUUUUUUUUAUCUGUGAUGCGCUGCUCACAAUGAAUGCAUGUCUGAAUUAAUGAAUGGACGGAUUAAUUCAAAUGAAUACUCAAUUUCCCAUGUUUCUUGCAAUGUAGCCCUCGCGUCACCAGUUGCACAUGCCUACUCGCCUUUUUGUGCAAAGUCAGGUUUGUUUAUGCACUGAAAAGCCAAAAGCGUAAUGGCGCCGGACAGGUUGUGAUGAGCUAGCGGGAAUAGUAACGAAUCGACCUACACCCACGGAAAGAGUACGUGGUGAAAUAAGUAAAGAAACCUAAGCUAAAUUGUUCAUCGCGAAAAUGCAGAUCACUUUGAAAACCCUCCAGCAGCAGACAUUUAAAAUCGACAUAGACGAAGAGGAGACGGUAAAAACCUUAAAGGAAAGAAUUGAGAAUGAGAAGGGAAACGAUGGUUUUCCGGUUGCAGGGCAGAAAUUGAUAUAUGCAGGGAAAAUCCUAAAUGAUGACACUGCUAUCAAGGACUAUAAGAUUGAUGAGAAGAACUUUGUGGUUGUCAUGGUGGCAAAGCCUAAAGCAGCCCCAGCAGCUGCCCAGCCUUCCGGUUCUGCCGCCACCACCUCCUCCAGCACUACAGCCCCCACUGUACCCACGGCUGCCUCGCCAGGCUCAGAUAACCCACCAGAGGGGUCCAAACCAGCCGAGGAGAGGCCCUGCAGCACUUCAGCACCAGCAUCAACCCCCACCAGUUCCUCUGGUCUAUUGACAAAUGUGAACAUGUUCGAGGAGGCAACUUCUGCUCUGGUGACAGGCCAAUUAUAUGAGAACAUGGUGACAGAGAUGAUGCUGAUGGGCUACGAGAGGGAGCAGGUAGUGGCAGCGCUCAGAGCCAGCUUCAAUAACCCAGACAGAGCUGUGGAGUACCUGCUUACAGGGAUCCCAGCUGGGGAGGAGAACCAUGCGGGUGCUGACCCAGUGGUGCCCUCUGUGGGUGGAGGAACUCCAGCUCUCAACACAGGCAGUAUGACAACCCCCGCCAGCGUUGCAACAGGAGCCAAUCCUCUGGGGUUCCUGGUUAACCAGCCUCAGUUCCUCCAGAUGAGACGGAUCAUCCAGCAGAACCCCUCUCUGCUCCCUGCCUUACUACAGCAGAUAGGGAGGGAGAACCCCCAGCUUCUGCAACAAAUCAGCAGCCACCAAGAGCAGUUUAUCCAGAUGCUGAACGAGCCAGCCCAGGAGGGGGGACAGGGUGGUGGAGGAGGUGGUGGUGGAGUGGGGGUUGGUGGGGAGGCUGGAAGUGGCAUGAACUACAUCCAGGUCACACCCCAGGAGAAGGAGGCCAUUGAGCGGCUAAAAGCCCUAGGAUUCCCAGAAGGACUUGUUAUACAGGCCUACUUUGCCUGUGAGAAGAACGAGAACUUGGCUGCUAACUUCCUUUUACAACAGAACUUUGACGACGACUAGAAAGGAAGCCAUGAUAGUAUUUUUGAUCCUUUUUCCCCCCUCUACUUUUUUGAUUGAUCAAUAUCUCAUAAAAGCAUAAAAACAUGGGUCUUCACGGUUUCCUGAAUUUUCCUACAAAUACAUGAUGCAUCUUCUUGGUAACAAUGGAUCAUAGUUUAUGUGAGAAAUAAAAGCUUUUUCUAAUCACCUUAAUGGUUGAAUUGAGUACCAGCUACUUAGUUCAUCAGAUCACCAGUGUAUUUCCCAUUUUUAUUUCAUUCAGCCAAAGACCAACAUGAUUGUUUCUCAUAAGGAAAUAAAUACUGGUUUCAAGGGUUGAUCGCAGAAUGUUGUUUCCCAAUGUUGUUAUAAAAGAGGAGAUUGUAUGUGAUUGGGAAGUUUAUGGUAUAUUCAUUCCUAUACAUAAUUGUUCUUGCUUUUUUCUGUGUCUCAAUUUACCAGUAUAGGGAUCCCAGUACAUAAUAAAAAAUUGCAAUUUGAAAUUACAGUGAAAGUUUUUAAACAAGCAGCAUUGUUAACUUUUAAAUUUGUAUUACACUUCCGACAUGAACUUCUAGAGAAGUGUGAUACAGUGUCUAAAAUGAGUUGCCAAGGCAACUGUACAAAUAUGGGAAGUACUGAUGUAUUUUCAUGCAACCUGAAAAAAGAAAUUGAACCUACUUCUUUGUCAUCCGAGGCAUGUAUAUGGUUUCCCUUGCUUAUAGUAGCCUGGUGUUUACAGUUACUAUCAACUUGAUUUACUGUCAUUUUUACAUAAAUAAAACUUUUCAACAUGAAUAA